GUCUCUCAUGCCCUUGAUGCUGGGCCACAACCAUUUCAAUCUGCCUCCUAUUAUUUCUCUCUGUUCACCUUGAACUUAAUGACUCUUUCUCAAUAACUUCUUCAUUCCACUGUAUACUUGGCCAUCAUGUCUGCUAUAACGCCUGCUGCUUCCACCCCGGGCCCUGAAGCCGCGUCUCCUGCGACUGCUAGUCAAGACGCAAAUGCGUCCGCUUCCUCGAUAGACCGUCAAAUACUCGAGUAUCUGCGAGCUCGAGGACACAAAGCUGCUGAACAAGCCUUGCUGGAAUCCUUGGAACAGGGUGGCACUCCGGAUGAGAACAAAGCAGGGCCCUCUUCGACCAUUUCGACGGAUGAUCUGGUCAAGAAAUUGGCGAUAAUCACUCAGAAGUCUACAAAGCCUGGCGACAGUUCACUCAAAGAUGCCUCUACAGUUCUGUCCGAAAUGGUGGCCAUAGGCAAUUCAGUGAACAUACAGAAUCUAGUCUCCAGCAUUGGGAACGUCGGUGCGGAGGACAUAUUGUCACUCGACCCGGGUGACAAGCAAGAGGGAUAUCGAGAAUUGGAGGCUUGGGUAGAAGGUUCAUUGGAUAUGUAUCGACCCGAGUUUCGGCCCAUCCUCUUCCCUAUCUUCGUUCACUUUUACCUUGACCUAAUACAACAUGGUUUCAAGGAUGCUGCUCUCAAAUUCUUCGCAGAUUAUUCAGCUUCUUUGGCACCGGCGCACAGUGCCACCCUGCACCACCUCUCAACAUUGCACUUACCCACCCAUGUUCAAAAUGAUGAACUCGCUCAGCGAUUCAGAAAUGAGAAGUACACCAUUCGAAUGAGCCGUUCAGGUUUCAGCCUCCUGAUUGGAUGGCUGAAUGAAGGUAUUGGUGGUGAAUCACUGGGUUCCGGUGUUGGCUUUGCGGGCGAGAAAGGGAAGCGGGGAAGGGGCGCCAUCAUGCGAGUGGUGAACAACCACCUGAAGUUCGAUGUGACUUCUGCACCUGGUACAUCGGUUUCUGCUGAGAGUUGGGAAGAGAGCUCUGGUCUAUUAUCGUCAUUAAUUCCACAGACAGCCGGUUCCACUACAUAUGAUCCCAUGGCAUUCAAUGCAGCCAAAGGCCAAUUGAAACUUGGCCCCGCACCGGUUCCUGAGGACCUACAGCAUGAAACGGAACGUGUCGUCCGUGAACAAUCAAUGGUGGACAGGGAUCCUGGUGCUCAGUAUGACCUUCAUUACGCACGCCCAGUGCCGCCGCCUGGUGUUGUGUUGCCCUCGCAAUCGGACUUAUUACCUCAUCCUCCAAGUUUCAGGACCGUGGACGUCAAACGAGAAGUCGAGAAGAUUAGGGAUGCGCGGAAGAGGAUUCGCUUGGAUCCUUCUGCUUUAUCCACUGCCAAUCUGAGUGCUGCACAUGGAGCAGCUGCUCGUUCGAGAGCAAUACCGAGUAUAUGUGCAUACACAUUACACGAUGUUGGAGAAGGAGCACCUUGCGUCACAUUCUCACAGGACACUUCAUUGAUGGCAGCAGGGUUCUCAGAAAGCUACGUUCGACUGUGGAGUCUCAAGGGCGAGAAGUUGAAGGGACUCCGCAGUGAUUUCCAGACGAGUUCAAUCACUGGAGCAAAGUCUCUUCGUAAAAUACGCGAAAAGGGUGGAUCGACUACCCGCAAACUGAUCGGGCACAGCGGUCCUGUAUACUCCGUUGCUUUCGACCCUGUGGGUGGCUCGGCGGUUCCUCCGAAGUAUCUGCUCUCUUGUUCAGCGGAUGCGACAACCAGACUCUGGUCUCUUGACACCAUGACGAAUGUUGCGGUAUACCGGGGUCAUCAAAAUCCAGUAUGGGAUGUUCAAUGGAGUCCCAUGGGCGUAUACUUUGCCACGGCAAGUAGGGACCGGACUGCCAGACUUUGGUCAACUGAUAGGGCAAGUGCGUUGAGAAUAUAUGCAGGCCAUCUAAGCGAUGUCGACUGUGUGCGUUUUCACCCAAAUUCGCUGUACCUUGCGACCGGCUCAAGUGACUGGACGGCGAGGCUUUGGGAUGUCCAGCGCGGAUCAUGUGUCCGCGUAUUCAUUGGGCACCAAAAUAUUGUGUCGACGAUGGCGUUUAGUCCGGAUGGCAAAUAUCUGGCAACAGCAGGCGAGGAUCUUGCUAUCAACAUCUGGGACAUUGGUUCUGGCCGUCGAGUCAAGAAGAUGACUGGACAUACCGCUUCCAUCUAUUCUCUCGCCUGGAGUGCAGAAUCAAGUGUGCUCGUUAGUGGAGGCGCAGAUUGGACAGUUCGUUGCUGGGAUGCCAAGAGUUCAGGUGGACCGGCCAGCAAGUCCAAUCAAAAUGGAAUGAUAGUCAAUGGUUACGGAGGCGAAGAGAAUGGUAUCACGAAGGAGCAUGAUGAACUGCCAAGUAUUGAGACGUCUGAUCUUCUGGCUACGUUCCCUACGAAACGGACACCGAUCGUUAAUGUUCAGUUCACUCCUCGUAACCUCUGUCUUGUAGCGGGACCGUAUCUUAGUCCCGAGCAGAGAUGACCUAUACCCAGAUCUCCCUCGUAUUUUCCUGCUGUUUGUAGACGACAGUUCGUUGUUCAGUUCACGAUCCUCGGAUUCCUUCCUCUACGUUGUCUUUGUUGAGACGGCGGCCCGGCCUUUCAUACUCGUUGUUCAUGUAUUCCCAUCUUGCCUCUGCUUUGAUAUUAUUCAGGUUAAGUGGGCUCUACAGGCCAAGUCUUCCACAUUGUGCGCGACAUUCAGCAGGUUAAUUCUUAAGCACUUGAAGCAAAAUAUCCAUUCGGUUCAAAAAAUCCAAGCCCUACAG